UCAUUUCGUUUUCGAAUGGCGUCAUUUCCGUGGACGGCUGCGCGGUGUGAUGGCUCCGCGCGGCUUAUGAAGAAAAUAAAAUUAUUGUGCUUUGUGUAUAGAUAGAUAACUAAAGUUUAUAUUUUUAAUAGAAGAAAUCUAGUUAUUUACACAAGAAAUGGGAAAGCCAGAGUUUAAUGGAGGUCGUGGCGGCGGUGGUCGCGGUGGUGGCCGCGGUGGCGGCGGUCGUGGAGGAUUCGGAGGUGGUCGAGGUGGAGGUGGCGGCCGCGGUGGUUUUGGAGGCCGAGGCGGCGGCGGCGGUAGGGGAGGCUUCGGAGGACGAGGCGGCGGUGGCCGUGGUGGAGGCCGUGGUCGAGGAGGCCCGGGUGGUGGUCGAGGCAGAGGGGGUGGUGGCUUCAAGGGAGGCAAACAAGUCAUUAUUGAACCACACAGACAUCCCGGAGUUUUCAUCGCGAGAGGUAAAGAAGAUGCCUUAGUUACUAAGAAUUUGGUGCCCGGAUCAGAAGUCUACGGAGAGAAAAGAAUUUCAGUUGAGAAUGAUGGAGAAAAGGUGGAAUACAGAGUAUGGAAUCCGUUCAGAUCGAAGUUAGCAGCAGCUAUUAUGGGUGGAGUGGACGCUAUACACAUGCCGCCAGGCUCCAGGGUGCUAUAUCUCGGUGCAGCCAGCGGUACCACUGUCAGUCACGUUUCUGAUGUCGUCGGACCGGAAGGAUUAGUAUAUGCAGUAGAAUUCUCACACAGAUCAGGCAGGGACCUGAUAAAUGUAGCCAAAAAGAGGACAAAUAUUAUCCCAAUUAUAGAGGAUGCUAGACAUCCUCUGAAAUACAGAAUGCUUGUCGGCAUGGUAGACUGUAUAUUUGCCGAUGUUGCGCAACCCGACCAAGCUAGGAUAGUCAGUCUGAACGCCCAACACUUCUUGAAAAAUGGCGGACACUUUGUUAUUUCUAUUAAGGCCUCCUGUAUAGACUCCACAGCGCAACCUGAAGCAGUUUUCGCAGCAGAAGUAAAGAAAUUACAAGCAGACAAAUUAAAACCACAAGAACAGUUAACACUAGAGCCUUAUGAAAGAGACCACGCGGUUGUCGUGGGCAUAUUCAGAGCACCACCGAAAAAAGCCUAGAUUUAAGUCCGUUAAAUAAGUUGACGCAAUUUUAACAUAAGGUUUUUCAAUAGGAAAUCUUCGGAUAAUCAUUUUGUAUUUACUCGAUGCCCAGUUUUCAUUUUGUCGUGUUAAAAUGUUCUAAAUGUUUAUGAAAGCUGUGAUAAUUCGCUCCUGAGUAAUUUGUAACUAAAUAUGAAUGAUAAAAUGUAUUACAGUGUCAAUAAAGUAAAGCAAGCUGAAUGCCAACGGACCUCAUUCCUAAAUAAACACAAUUUUAAAGUUAUUUUUGUAUGAUAAGUUGAAUUGAGUAUUAGUUUGUAAGUUCACAUACGUGUGUAUGUUAUAGUUAAGUUGUAUGAAAAUAUAUGAUGGUGCGAAUGACUAUA